AUGAAAACAGAAAAGAGAAGAUUAUUGAAUCUCCCUCAUUGGGAUCAUCGAGAACCGUUUAAAGAUACAACAAAUCUUCAUAACCAACCCAGACCUAAAAACUUGAAAGUGAAGAAAUCAAAGCUACCAUUGCCUCAAGCCCAGAACCCUUCAAAAACUACAAGUUCCUUUGGCAAACCUGCAGUGUCUCCUAAGCCCCAAAAGGAGCAGUCUAUUCCUGACUCUAACGCACUCGACCAUCUUCAAACUUCACUUACCACAGAAAAUUUCACAAAUAACUUCACAAGUUCAACUACAUUUGGACAGAUGAAUGCGCUUCCAAUUUUCAAAUUAUUAAGGGUUUUCAAAUUACAACAAUACGCUAAACCCAUGGCAGACCUUGGAUAUGGCCAUGAAGUCUAUAAAUUAUUAUGACUUUCAGAGACACACAAAAUAAAGCUAUUGGAGAAGAUCAACUUGAUGCCUGGGCACCGGGCAAAAUUCAUAAAUUUCUUUGAUUCUAUCCAUCAAGCGUAUCCUCAAGAAGAGAGAAAAUGCAGCCUUUUUAGAGUCCAGAUGGAUAAAGACUUUGAACCUGACAAAACUCUCCAAAGAGGAGCUAAAUCUAACUCAAUGAAGCCGGUCAAGAGAAGGAAUAACUUAAUAAAGAAGUAUAAAUGCCUUGAUGCAGCUUCUAAGAAAAGUAUUAAUGACAUAUUCCUUUCUAAAGUACUGAACAGACCUUGCAUUCAUCCCCAUUUAAGUGAAGAUGCUCAGAGUCAAUUCAGAGGUUCGAAAGGAUUUCAACAGAAGAGUUUAAUCGUCUCUAAUGAUCCAGCAUCAAUGUAUGAGAAAUAUGGACUUUCCCAUAAUCCAAAAUUUGUAUCGAAAAAGAAUCAGAAAAGGAAACAGAGAAGAAGAGGGACUUCUCACAACAACAGGAUGAAGUUGAAUACCUUAACCAGUGAUUAUAAUGAUGAUCAAAAUUGGAAAAAUGAGACCCAAAACACAUUAUACGAAUUCAAAAAUACUCAUAAUUCAAGAUUACCCAAGCAAAGAUCAUCAAAACCCAGAAUACAGAGCAAAGGCAGAUUGUACAAAAGAUCUGACGUGACUCUCAAGAGUAAUCCUUUGUUUGAAAACUCAGGAAUGGUAUCAACAAGUGCAUUUCCUGUGAAGCCAUUUAAGAAAUUCACAAAUCCUCUUCAAGACAGAACUAUGGGAACUAAAUUUCCCCAGAGUGUAAACUCCAGGCAUGGGAAGACAAGUCUUUCCAAGUUAAGGAAAAACAACCGUAAAAGAAAUUUAUCUGAAGACAAGUGUAAAAGAAAACCCAAGAACUACAGUGAAGAAAGGGCUAAGAGAAAGACAAAAGAUUUUUGUAUAAGAAAUACUAGAAAACCAAAGAAUUCUUGUACCCAGAAUAAGGCAUACUUUGACCAAGCCUCAAGAGACUGUGCAGCCUCUACUAAUGCUACAAGACCUAGGGUUAAUGGCAACCAAUCACAAGGGGCUAAGAACAAAUAAAAGGGCUUUCUCUGGGAAUAACCGAAGAGUUCCUCUUGAUGCUGGGACAAAGAUGAAGAAUUCUAAAACCAAUAAAGAAGCAUACACUAAGACAAGUAGUUCUAGGAUGAAUCAUAGCAGAGAAGAUAACAAUCAUGAGAUAAACUCUGAAAUUGGCCAUAAGAAUGGUAUCUCCUUCUCAGAGGUUCAGAAGGAGAGCGCAAAAGAAUCCAGCAAUGUAAAAUCAAAUAUUUCUGAGUCAAAGCCUAAAGGAAUGAUAUCAUCAUCUAGCUCUCCUAGCAAAGAUAAUUCUUAUUGCUCCAAAUUGAAGGGUGAGUAUAAGCUUCCAAGAGACGAAGAGGGUGUUUGCAAAAUUAUCUCCAAAGAAAUCCCUGUGAGCAUUAAGCAAGAAGGGAAGAAUAAACAUCCCAAGUCUGAUGAACAUAAACAGAAAGGGAUUUCGCUUGUUAAACAAAAGAAUCCGACUGAAGAGAAUAAGAAUUUGAAAAUCAAAUCUCACAAACUAAAGCCUGAGCCUAUACAAGAAUCUGUUAAAGAUAUUACACAGGAGGCUGUAGUUGUAGAAAAAGGCAAAGGUAUCUUUGAAGAAAAGCUGACAGUACCUCCUUCGCCUUUACUAACAGUUGAUGAAAGAUUGGAAGCCAAGAAAUAUGGAAAUAGCCUUGAUUCCAAGGAGAUCAAUGAUUCCAUAGGAGUUAUGGAAAUCGAGCUUCUCUGUAAAUGUCUGUCACAUCUUAUUUUAAAGCAUAUCGAAUUUUCACAAGGAAAGGUUUUAGUUGAUGACCUGGUUGGGGAUGAUCAGGAUAUCCCUCUAUUCUCAUAUGACUUAGGAGCCACUCUCAAUAUCAACCUUGAAGAGAUACAACAAAAAAUUCAGAUGAAAGAAUGGGAAGCAGAGUCCAAAAAUGAGGAAAAUUUUCAAAGACUCCAUAUGCUAAUGAAUGGAGGGAAUCCGUAUAUGUUCCAUGAUCAACAGAAUCCUUCAGAAAUGGAAGGAGUUGAAAAUCCUUAUUCUGGAAACAUGGAUUAUGAGCGCAUGAAUACACAUCCAAUCUCAGUGGAAGGCCUAGAUCAAGACCCUCAUCAAAAUCCUAUAGAUUGAUCUGAUAUUAAUAGUGUAACUAAUACAACGACUAACAAUCAAAAUAUCACACAAAAUGCUGAUAUCCAAAUUGAGCACAGGGCAAAUUCUCAAGGAUGAAACUUGUCAAUAAUCCAGAUGGGUGAGAUGCUUCAAAACAAGUCUAACUCUAUUGGAAGUCAAGGAGGGAUCAGCUCAUACUACUCCAAUCUUUCAAUGAUGGGGAAUUCUAAGCCAUUCUUUUUCCCUCCUCCUGACCUCGGAAUGGUAGAAAGCAUGGGGAGUUAUGAAAAUAGUUCAAGAUUCUUCCGAUCUGUAAGAUCGUCCAACAUGAACAAAUCUUUUAACAAGAACACUUCAAUUUGUGGUCUGAAGAACAAGAAAAACAUCACCCAUGAAGAGAUUGAAAAUGAAAGUCCUAUCACGGAACCAAAUUAUGGCAAAGAAGAAGAGAAAGCUUUAGAGGCUAGUGCAAGAAAGACAGUGGAAAAAUCUGAGGAAAAAGAUAAUAUUUCAGAUGCCAGUCUGAAAUCAAUCGACUCAAAUUUCAGUUGAACCGAUAACUUCCCAAUGAAUAGUUCAGAGAAGGCCAAUGAGCCUGAGGAAAGUCCUGAAAAGCAUGAUAUGGCAUGUGGGCCAACCGAGCCAGAUGAGGAUUUAUCUCAUGAAGAAAACUUACUGGACCUUUCUACUGAAAGUUAUUAUCUCCUUGAGGAUCUUUCCAGAGAGGGUUUACAGAAGUACCUCAAAGAUUCAAUGCUCAAUUUUAAUGAAAAAUAUUCAAUCAAAAAGAAGGAAAUCGAACAAGAUAUCGAAGUAGCCAAUCCAUCCUUUGAACUUUGUUAUAAAUACUGUAUCUAUGUCAUGAAUGCCUGAAAAAUGGAGAAAGAAAUCCCUCUAAUAGCCAUCCUGUACCUUGAAAGGCUACUUCUUAGAACUGGAAUCCUUAUGAAUCGAGAAAAUUGGAGAAGACUCAUCCUGAUUAGCAUGAUAAUUUCAUCUAAAAUCUGGGAUGACGAUUCCCUUGAAAAUGAACAUCUGCCCGAGGUCAUGAAUGAUGCUACUAUUCUGGAAAUAAACACAUUUGAAAGAGUUUUUCUUGAUCUCAUAGGUUAUGAUCUGAAUGUAAUGGGGUCAGAAUAUGCUAAAUAUUACUUUAUCUUCAGAACUUUUGCACAGAAAAAUAACUUCAAGUUCCCUCUUGAGAAUGUAAAAAUCCAUGAUGUUUUGAAGCACCAUGCUGAAGAAAGAAUCACAGCUGAUUUAAUCAAAGAAUUGAGCUUGAAAAAUGUUAAGCUAGACCAAUCAAUAUAA